UCUAAACACUACGUUACCCAGCUCGACGCGAGGCGCCGUGUACAGUAUGUGCAUGCGGUGUAUUGGGUUUUAAUGCUUUGAUUCCUUCGGGCUUUGCUACAAUAGAACACAGGCUAAUUUAGGAGAAUCAUGCAGACAUGUAUUUGCAUCAUAUAUCAUUUGUACAACAUUAUAUUUAUAAAAUAUUACAUGUAACAUAUUUUGAAUACUAACACAGUAUUUAGUUAGCGUUUAAUGUAUUUACAUUGCCCUCAUUGCCAUCAUUGUCUAUUUAUCAAUUAGAAAUACAUUUUAUACUGUACAUGUGAAGCUAAAGCCAAAAGCUAAUUUCUGUUCCGUGAGGAUAUUUAUUUUUAAACUGACCUACUUGAAAGGAGAGCGAAUCUGUAACGAAGAUGAGUCGACUGAACACAACAACACAACACAGACGGUUCGUAUUUGAGGCUUAUGAUGAAUUUUCUCCCUUGCUAUUGUAAACACGGCUGUUUUCGGAAUUCUCCAUUUAAACCCAUAGGUGGAUGGUUGAAGGUGCCGUGUAGCCGUCGACACCAGGCCUAAGUGCGUUUCUCUGCUCCGCUACUGAUGCUGCAGAUGCCAGCGAUGAAGCAGGUGGUCGCCACAUGCUGGACCUGCCUCCUGCUCUCCGCUUUCCUGUGCGAGCACGCGCUGUGCAAGGGAGGCCGUGGAGGCUCCCGGGGCUCCUCCCGGGGCUCCCCGGCCCGCAGCUCCUCGGCCGGGACGUACCGCGGAGGAGGGACCUUCGGCGGGACCCGCUCUCGCUUCAGGGCGGCGGGGCGGACGUCCCCGGUGAGGGUGGCGGCCGCGGCCGCCGCAGGUGCCGCGGUGGCGCUGACGGCGGAUAAAUGGUACGCGUCCGCCUACCGCAGCAGCAACGCUGACAGCUCCGAGGACGAGCUGGAUUAUUACAACAGGACCAAUUACUUUGACGCACUCAUGUCAGGCUCCACUCCAAACCAAUGCUCGCUGUCACAGCUGGUUUCUUUAAUAGUUGCAGCUAUUACCCCAGGGUAUGCAUUCUUCCUGGACGCUGUUUUUUAGACGAUUAACAAGACAUUUCUGAGUUGGUGAGGGAUCCUGAGAUCCUGCCCUGCACCUGACCUACUGCAGAGCUGCAAAUCUGCACUGAGACCAGCUGAAGUGCAGCACGGUGGUGAUCACCCAGUGAAGAGCUUUUACAAAUAUGGUCCACAUUUAUUGGACAAAUGUAUAUUUUCACCACAGUAUUUUUAAGCUAUAUUGACCUCUUGAUGAGUGUGGCUUCAGUCUGUGUGACCUGAGGCUAAUCAGAAUAAUUCCCUUCCCUAAAGCCUAAUUCCUACAUGUUUUAAGACUUUCCCACAAUCACCUUCAAAAAGUAAAAUCCCUGUGCUGGUUGUAAACGUGCCAAUCAACUUUAAGACAACACUGUUUUCAUAUUAUGUACAAAAGCUAAAUAUUAGUUUAUGUAGAAGUCCACAUUUCUCAAAUUAACAAAGUGAAAGGACCAAGUUAGAACCAGCAUGCCUGAACUUAAACUGUCAUCACUUUAUUUAUAAUGUCAGGCUGAUGUUUUUUACUGCGUUCCAGCUCAGUGAUCUGAACAAUUUAUGGUGCUGCUCACUGGUGUGGCCAUAUAUGAAAUGGGUGGGAGGGAUAAAGUGCUGCUCAUACUGUUAUUUGUGUCUAUGAAGACUUUUUACCUGCAGCACUUCAGAAGGAACAAACUGUUCCUUAUAUAUAAGUGCACUCACAUGCUGAAACACUUGUGGAAGUGCAGUACUAAACACACUUUGUUGUCAAUGUCCUUAUGCUAAUAAACAUCCUGUUUACACCAAGUCA